GGAGGAGGGGUUGUGUGCUCGCAAAUCACUCCCCAGAGGGAGAAAAGAGGAGGGCAGGGCUUGCGAUUGUGCAGCGCUACUUGUUGUUGCCUGUCUGAAGGAGUGUGAGUGUUUUCCAGCCGGUCGGCAAGUCAGCCUAGCGUUGUCACUCAAACUAUGAAAGGGGACAGAAGCAUUAAUAUCAAAAGAUAAAAUAAGAGCAAAGAUCACAGGAGACGGAGAAGUGGUCACUGACAGAGUGGAGGAUGAUGGCGGAGGGUCGUUUUGCCAGUCUGCCCAGGUCCCUCCAUGCUCACCACACUCUUGGAGGAGGCACAGCCCACCCUGGAGUACCCAGCAGCUCCAUAGGUGCCCCCGGCACUGUCACCUGCUCCUCCAGGAGGCUCCAGGCUUCUCUGGCCUCCUCCAUGGACCUCAUCAGCUCCAGAUCUGGCCUCCCUACAGGACAGAGCGGCAGCCUGGUUGAGGCGCAGUCUGCUUCCCACCAGCCGGUCUCCAUUCACGGGACUCUGCCUCGACGCAAGAGAGGAGGGGCCAACCUCAACCACGGAAACUACACUUGGGACCCCAAAGCCAAUCACACGCAACCAUCACUUUGCGGAAACUCGUUAACUUCUCCUGGGUACAUCCAUCAGCCCAUGACGUCUCCGCUGGUCCAGAAUGCCAUCGAUGACUUCCGUGGUUACAGGGAGCCAGCUGCCGGCCUGGACGCCGCCGUGGACUAUGUUAAGUUCUCCAGAGACCAGUUCAUCCUGGACUGUCCUUCAGAGAAGCUCCGCAAAGAGCUUGAGGAAGAGCUGAAGAUGAACUGCGAGGAGCCGAGAAGCCACGCGUGGUACCACGGAGCGAUUCCCAGACAGGUUGCGGAAAACUUGGUGCAGCGCGAUGGAGAUUUCUUGAUCCGCGAUUCACUGUCCAUUCCAGGAAGUUACGUUCUGACGUGUCAGUGGCGAAACGCUGCUCAGCACUUUAAAAUCAACAAGAAGGUGGUGAUGCUGAAUGAGGCUUACUCCAGAGUCGAGUACCGGUUAGACAGAGAAGGGUUCGACAGCAUCCCUGCACUCAUCAGAUACUACGUUGGCAACAGGAAACCUGUCUCUCAGGUGGUAGGUGCCAUCAUCUUCCAGCCCAUCAACAGGGGGCUGCCGCUGCGCUGCUUGGAGGAAAAGUACGGACUGUCGAGUAAUCACCGAGAGGCUCUGAUGGCGCAGGAGAGGCUUCAGAAACGCCUGAGCCUCAACAUCACCAACGGACACGCACACGACAACACACACUCCGGCCACGACGGCUCACCCUGUCAGGACAACGGCUUGACCAGAAGCAGCCAGCUCAGGUUGAAGGAUCGCUGUGGCAGCCAACCAGCGAGUCUCAACCAAGUCCAGGAGAGGCGACGCCCGCUCAAGGCGCACCAGUCUGAAAGCUUCCUGCCUCUCGGAUCCAAACCUCAGCCCCAGCAGCCGCCCGACCCGCUCCUCUCCAGCUCCAGCCCCAAGUCUCCGGUGUUUCGGACGGGCAGCGAACCAGCGCUCAGCCCCUCUGUCACCCGGAGGUCAGCAGAGCUUCUGGCAGGUCAGGCGAUCCGGGGCUCCGACAGUCAGCUGUGUCCCAAACCGCCUCCCAAACCCAGCAAAGUGCCUCUGGCUCGGCUGCCUCGCUCCGCCUGCUUCCAGCCGCCGGUUCAGCGCUCGAACGUCACAGACUCCUCCUCCUCCACCUCCUCCUCCAACCUCACCGCACCUUCCCUGGACUCCACAUGUUUGGAGACUCUAGGUUCUGCCUGGAGGAGUGGAGCCUCCACAGCUCCUCCUGUUCCUCCGGUGAAGCCCCUGAAGUUAAAGCAUCAGCUCCUGCCCCUAGACCCCCUCAGCUCCCCCACUUCCGUAGUUCAACCCGCCGAGGGUGUUCAGUAUCCAGAUCCGGAGGCGUUGGCGGUGGCGGGACGGGCCGACCGGCUGCGGCUGAGCCCCGCAGACCCGAGGUCCCGCAGCCCGUUGGAGUGGGAGCAGCCCGACAGCCCACAGCACCUUCAGCCGACGCUCUGCAGCUACGUGGAGAGGCUGAAGAGGGAGGCGGAGAGGGGAAGAGAGGCGGACGGGGAGGAGAAGGAGGCGGAUGGACGCAGAGGCCUGGACAGAAGCUCCUACCAUCACGCCAUCGCCGCUUUGGAGAACACCAGCGAGGAAGAGGAGGACGACGGCGUGAGGGGGGAGGAGGAGGAGGAGGAGAGGAGGGAAAGGGAGAGGAGCGCCUUCAAGAGGCCCGUCAUAGAGACGGAGUCGACGUUCAGGCCGGCUGAGUUCGGAUCCAGGCUCCUUCCUCCGGAAAACAAGCCGCUGGAGAUGGUGGUUCUGAAGAAAGCGAAGGAGCUGUUGCUCAACCACGACCACCACAGCAUAGCCAGACACCUGCUGAUGGCCGACUGCCAGGUUGCGAGGAUCCUCGGGGUGACUCCGGAGCUUAAAGGUCAGAUGGGCGUCUCCUCCGGUCUGGAGCUGGUGACGCUGCCUCACGGCCGACAGCUGAGGCUGGACCUGAUGGAAAGGCACCAAACCAUGGUGAUAGGCGUUGCCGUGGAUAUUCUGGGAUGUACGGGCAGCGUGGAGGAGCGGGCGUCCACCUUAAACCGCAUCAUCCUGGUGGCGAUGGAGCUGAAGGACACGGUGGGCGACCUGUUCGCCUUCACUGCCCUGAUGAAGGCUCUGGACCUGCCGCAGAUCGGCCGCUUGGAGGAAACGUGGACGGCUCUACGAAGGAGCUUCACGCAGACGGCCAUCAGCUACGAGAAAACACUCAAACCUUUCUACAAGAAUCUGUACGAAGGCGCAGCCACAAAUCCUCCAGUCGUCUGUGUGCCACACCUGCUGCCUCUCCUCACCUUGAUGGAGCGUCCGUCGAUCACAACUGAGGGGGCGGAGCUCUGGGAGACCAGCGACCAGGGCUGCGACAUCAUGCUGCGCCACCUGGAGGCGGCACGCAACGUCGCCCACAACGCACAGAGCUACACAGCCAAAGCACAGCAGAUCUUACAAGGGAUCCAGUGCGACGAGGACCUGCUCGAAGUCUUUAAGACGGACUUCCAGCUGCGGCUGCUGUGGGGAAGCCGGGGGGCAACGGUCAACCAAUCGGAUCGCUACAGCAAAUUCAACCUCAUCCUCACCGCGUUGUCACGGAAACUGGAGCCCCCUCCUAAAACGCAAACCUUAAUCUGACCUAAUCCAAGCGCAUUAACACACGACAGAGUAGCAUCAGCCUGGGUCAGACGAGACGGGAAGAUACAGGUGGGGAGGCGUCAGGAUAAGAUGUCAAACAUCUGGACUCGCUGGAACGCAGCAGCUGCACAAGACACUCGAUACGGAGCCUGUCGAGCUGCUGAAGGAGCCAACGGAGAAAAUGUCUGCUGAAGCAAUGUGAGCCACAGCCACGUCAAACUCAUUUUAUCAAGUUUAUCGCCUGGAGUUUUCAUCUCCAGGUCUUGUACAGUGUGGACAACGCCAGGAUGAGAAAAUUAAAGAUUUAAUGCAUCAGCUGAGAAAACAGGAAAAGGUUGUUCCACCCUCACAAUUUAUCCAGAGAAGACAAAUGGUUUGAAAGGGGAGGUGGACUGAGAUAUAAUCUGCCAUUCACCCGUUCACAUCUGAAUGCCAAUGAACAGUCAUUAGCAUUAGCACAUCAUGUAAAUCGUCCAGUUUCAGGUUAGGAGCUGGUGCUUACAGACUCUCGCUACAGAUGUUCCAAAUAAAACCCACCAGUGAUUUAAAACUGAAGGAGCUACUUGGUUUAAGCAAAAAAAUAUAUGGAUAUAGCAUGACCUGGAUGAUUAAUUAGCGGUAAAUCAGGUUUUCCGUCGCUGAGACACGUCCAUGUAUUUUUGUAGUUAAAAUGUAGCUCGUCCACGUCCUGCCAAAAUGAAGCGAGUGGCACUUUAAAGGGAUGCGUGAUAUUAAAAUGUUGCUGCACUGUUUUACUUUUCAAGAGGCAAAUAUCGGAAUAUUAUUUUGUUUCAAGACGUCGCUAUACCCUGAUUCCUGUUCAGAGUGUACGAUAGAGCCGUCAAAUCACAGAGAAGAAACAAGAGACGGUGCGACCUGUCGGCUGUAAACACGUCUGAUGAGUUUGUUGCUGGAUUAACAAGCAGAAAAUGGUUCAACACUUUAAGAUAAAUGACAUAUACAUUAUAAAUAUAUAUGUGUGUGUGUGUGUAUCUGAACUAAAGCUGUACAUAAUAUUCAAAGCAUGUUAAUAAUAGACUGUACAUACGUUCUGUAGAAGACUGACUGUAAAGAAGUUGCUGAUGAAUUUUAAUAUGUUUAUAUUAUUAUGAACUACUGUCAAGAUUUAAUAAAUACUCUGUAUGAUC